UGAACGUGAACAAAACCCUAAGUAACUAUAUAAAAUCGGACUACUUCCUCCGAUCUCCACUCAUCCCUGCAAGGCGAUCCGAACGCAGUCUCUGCUCUUCCUCUCCGUUGCUCCACCGCACAAGCGAAUUUAUUGUUUAAGCAGAGAUGAAGGUGAUUGCAGCGUUUUUGCUCGCCGUAUUGGGAGGCAACCCCAACCCAACAGCCAACGAUCUGAAGACCAUUCUAGGAUCAGUUGGAGCUGAGGCUGAUGAGGACAUGAUUAAGCUGUUGUUGGAUCAAGUAGAGGGAAAAGAUCCAACAGAACUGAUUGCCUCUGGUAGAGAAAAGUUGGCUUCAGUGCCUUCUGGUGGUGGCGCUGCCGUUGCAGCUGUUGCUGCAGCUCCUGCUUCUGGUGGUGGUGGUGGUGGUGCCGCUCCUGCUGAAGAAGCGCCUAAGAAAGAAGAGAAGGUUGAAGAGUCCGAUGAUGAUAUGGGCUUUAGCCUUUUCGAUUAAAAGGAUUAGUGCUGCUGGUUCAUUCAAAGGGCGUCUUUUUUUUUUUUAGUGCUUUUAGUUGAAGCUUUCAUUAGCUAGGUUUAUAUCUAGAUUUUCAGGUUCUGGAACUUGUGUUGGGCAAAUCUGAGUUGUGAUUUUAUGGAUCUCAUUGGGAAUUUUAAAUUGUUUUCUAAGUUUUGCCAAUAUUGCCUAGAUGCAUUUCAAGUUUUCAACCUUUUCUGGACA